AUGUCUGCCUCUCAGCCUACUUCAGCCGCACCAUGGCGAACGGCAUUUCUAUCUCACAUCAAGAAGAUGGACUCACCUACCUUUGUGCUUAGCACUCUUCACCACCAUGAUUCCUCUUCUGUCACCCCUCGUUCCCGCACUGUUGUGUACAGAGGUACUUGGGCAGAGAUACCAGUCAACCCAAAGAAUCAGGCGCCCCUGAACCCUCCCCUCUACGAAAGCGACCUUCUGACCAUCACUACCGACGCUCGCAUGGAAAAGGUUCCCGAGCUGUCACCCGACGGGAAGAACGUCCCGCAAACUGGUGGUGGGGGGCCUGUUGAGGCUGUCUUUUGGGUCACCGAGACACAAACUCAGUGGCGCAUGCGCGGCCACGCCUAUCUCCUCGGCCAAGACAUUGACGACCCAUCAGCAUCACAUGUAAGGGAGGAGAUAGAGAAGCACAUGCGGAAAAAGAGUGACGACAAUUCAAGCCCAUGGAACUGGGGCAAAGAGAUCACGGCGCACUUUGGAAACUUGAGCCCCGGCAUGCGAGGGUCCUUUCGCAAUCCUCCUCCUGGAACAAAGCGGGAUGAGAAACCCGAUGCUGGACUCGGACUCGGGCAAAAGGUGGAGGACCUGGAUGACGAGAUUGCAAGAAAGAACUUUCGAGUUGCCGUUAUAAUUCCCGACGAGGUUGAUCAGGUGGACUUAUCCGACCCGGCCGAUGGUAAACGAUGGAAUUACAAAUUGACGAAUGGCUCCUGGGAGAAGACUGAGCUAUGGCCAUAG